AUGGUGGGCAAUCCGCAACGCAAGGAUUUGAGUCUAGACGGAACAACGAGCAACGUCAACAACGACAUUCAUCUCGAAACGCCAAAUCGGGCAGAAAAUCCUCUCUAUUCUUCAAUAUAUGGCAUACCGGAGUCUCUCAUGUGCCUCCUGUCGCGAAUUGUGGCAUGCGCUACUGAGAAAAACAAGCUUCGGAAGGUGGCUUCAUUCGAUGCUCCUCCUUCGGACCUUCUGCAAAAGCACCUGCAAACACUAGAGCAUGAGAUGUGGUCAUGGAAAAUACCGACAGAACUUUCACAGCCUGAGGCUCACGAAUCUCCCGGGCUGGCAUCCGAGGGAGACGUGGACAUCAUAGAGGCGAAGUUGUCGGGCGCCAUGCACCAAGCAGUCAUAAUUUACUUUUAUAGAAGAGUAUACGACACCGAUGCAAUGGUGCUCCAAGAACAAGCCAGAAAAUGCCUGGAUGCAUUACAGCCCUGUAUUGAUCUUAAGGCGAGAGACCAAGACUUUACAACGUCAAUCGCUUGGGCGGCCUAUGUUGCGGCUUGUGGAGCGGUUACUACCGAAUUGCGAGACCGUGCUCUUGCAUAUUUGGAGGCCAUUGAUAGCCAAGGAGUGAUUUUGACGCCAAAACCUACUGUACAGAUCUCCAAAUUUUGGCAAAAAAGGUUGGAAAGGGGGCUUGUCGCGGUUGGUGUUCCGGUGAGCACUGCCGCAUAA